AUGUUUGACCUCUUUGGCUGUUGUCCCUGGCAGGAGGAGGAUCACCAUGGUCAUGUGAAUGGCUCAGACCGAGGUCGUCCGCGAGCCAAAAUCGAAGAUCGACGACUGCAAGGGAUCGAAGUCAAUGUGCAGGAUGGCUGGGAGUUCCCAAUAGGUACCAGACUCGGCUUCCAGAGUUUGAUCGGCGUGGAUGGCUUUGGUAGCGGCAACCUCGCGGCCAUCGGCAUCUCGGUGCUGGCGGGUUACAAGUACAGCUCCGUGCAGAUCAGCAUGCCUAUUGAUUAUUCAUUUUCAAUUGACCAUCAGGAAGCCAUCGUGAAAUUGGUGUAUUCCGAUGCAACUCGCGAUGCCUGCGAACGUGCAGACUACAAUGUCCCGAUGGCUUUGACCCAAAAUAGUUCCACUGCUUCGACGCUGGGGCUUUCACCGUUGGCUUCUGGAAAUGUGCUGAAGAUGCCAGAGGGUGGCAGCAACGCUUUGUUUCGAGUGGUUCAGUGGCCUCAUCUAACCUUUAUGCAUGGUGGCUCAUAUGAGCUUUGCUACUCUCCCGACGGGAGCUUUUUUGGAGAUGAGUGGAAAAAUAACAUCGUCCCGGUGACAAUCACUGUGGUGGGCGUUGCUUCCAACUGCCUUUCCAAUGGCUGUUUGGCCAAUGAACGGUGGGAUUGCUAUAUGGCCUAUGCAGGCGAAGGCAUCGGCAGCUGCCGCAUCGAUUUCCGGCUCUACGGCGGUGGCCGCGAUGGCUGGACGGUGCAAUUGGCGGGCACCAGCCGUGUGUCCUGGUCCCAGGCCUGGGGUGAGGACACCUUUCUGGACGGGAACUUUAUCGCGGCUCCCAGACAGGAGUGCUCCAACGUCAUCACAGGCAGCAACAUCGCACCAGAAACGGCCAAUUUCGAGGACUUCUUGUGGACUCCCCUCACUGGGAGCGGCUUGGAUGCCGACGCGUCCUUGGCAGCGUCCUUGCCCAGGGUGCGUUCCAAUGCCACUCGGUCCUUCACCUUGACUGCGUGCUAUUGUCCGAACUACGACGGGCCGCAGGACACCACUCUCUUUGCAUGUGAUCAUCCAAGUGAGUUUAUCCAGCCCAUUGGCAUCGUCUACUACUGGAUGAUCCGGAUUUGCGACGUGGACACCUAUGCCUCGUGUGGUGCAGAGGGGAAUGCCCCCUUCAUGAGGGUUUUACCUCAGCAGCCGUUUGUGCUACGUGUUGAAUGCCCACCAGGGGGUACAUCUUGCGCGCCAACUCUGGACAAUCGAGUGAAGUUUCUACCAGGCAUUCCACCACCAGGCCCCGAUGGAACGAUCUUCAUUGAGGUGCCCGAACGUGCUAUCUGGGAACCUCAGAGUCGAUGUAAGAUCGAAACCAGCAUGACCAACGACAUCGGUUGGGAGCCCCCCUUGGAGUACGAUGAGUUCGGAAUUCUGGUGAAUGGUUUAGCUCACCUGAUUGGUGGUGAUCGUCGAGAUUACAAGUUCUGGGCAAAUCCUGGUCUGCUUGGGCUCAUGCCGAUGGAGAGCAAGGUUGAGGUCUGCUACUGUGAGAGUUCUUGCGACAACAGCUUCAACUACUUCAAGGUGGGCGAGAUCACGUCCGCGGACUCCGCGGGCAUCGCACGAUGGACCAAGGUCCCCAAUCUGGGAGGUUUGAUCCAGGAGAUUGAAUCACUGCAGUAUGUUACGAAACCUGGGGCCUUGACGCUCUAUGCCGGCAUCCGCUCCACCUUGUCGGAGGGAAUGCAUCCGUAUGAUAGCAUCCCUUGGCGAAAGAAGACGACCCUGAAGCUGGUGCCCUUUGACAACUUGGCCAACUAUCCCUGGGGUGCCGAGGCGAACGUACCGAAGGUGACUUUGGAGAAAUACCUUGAACUGGACAAAUACAACACGGAGGACGCGCGCUUGAUGCUGAACGAGGCACUGGGAAUGAAGAAUGAGGCUUGUGCCAACGGCACUUUCAACGAAGACUACUACAAUGGACCGAGUUCUGCUGAACUCGCUCGAGAGUAUUUAGCCUGGGUGGGCCCAGCAGCCAACCAAUAUUUGCCCUUCUCUGGCAUCGAGAACGAUCAAAGCUUCAAUACAUGGAAGGCUGGGAUCUUCCUGGUCUGCUACUGUGCCACCUUGGACGCAGAGGAUCUCUGCGCCAGCCCCAACUACUACAUCAGUGCUGCCAGGUUGAUGUUUAAAGGGCCGCUGACCGAAGCUUUGGCGGCAGACAUUCAGCUGAACUUGCCAACCAAUUUCGUGGUGCGCAUUGAUUUGGAAGGUUGGGGCUUCUCGGAGACCGAUUCCAUCCGUCUCAUCAGUAUGACGCAGACGUGCCGAGAGAAUGCCAACGAUCCCCGCGGCGUGGAUGUCUACCGUUUGGGGUGUCCCGGGUUGAACAGCUCCAGUUGCCGACGUCCCAGCGAGAAGGAAGACAUUUCGGUGUUGGUCAUUUCGGCUGAUAUGACCGGCCUCUUCAUCACUGAUAUCUCCAUCGGCGACACGCAGUCUGUUUUAACUUUCUCUGGGGAUAUCACCACAGAACUGCUGGAUGGCGAUGCCAUCACACUGGACGAAUCCUCAAUCCUCUUGAACAGCAGGAAUUCCAGUCAGUGGACCAUCUCCGAACAGCACGUGGUCUCCCAACUCAGUGGCUUCUACGGAUAUGCAGAUGAACCUGAUGUGAAGCGGAUGCUGUGGAACCACGUAUCCUAUGUGUACCAUGUGGACGGUGAACUGGUGAGCACCCUCAUGACAAACCAGUUGUCCAUCCCUGUGGGAUGGCCCGAGGGGUCACGACCCAGCUUCACCUUCAUUGAUGGCAAAGGUCGUUGGCAUCGACGAAAUCGCCUGCAGACUAAGGAGGAGAUCAAGGUGGAUUCGGCGGCCACGGUGAAGAUCUGCUGGGGCGCGAAUGAUGGUGGCCGACAGCAGUACUACGGCGAAGCGGGCGUUUUAGAGUUCUCUGCUCCAGUCUUCAUGGCAGACGCUGGGGUCUACACAACGACUCGUGUGCAAGGAGGAAUUGGCAUGGCAGUGUUGUCCUUCUCCCCUUCCAGGGGCACCACAUUGUACAAGGCCUACCGAACACCUGUAGUGGUGCGGCUUUUGUUCAAGGAGGUGGACUUUAUGUUGGAACCGCUGCUGGCGGGCGAUCCAGAGGUGACUGCUCUCACGGCCCUACCGACGGAGGAUCAGGUUGCCAUGGAGAAUGCCACGCAAACCAUUUGCGGCAAACUCUUCAUGGAGAUGUGGACCAAUGAUGAUGCCGGCUUCCCCUUCCCGCGUGGCUGCUACUACGGACCACUCUACACUGAUGUGGAGUCUGAGACUGAAGCUGCACGACCCUCCUAUCGUGAAUACUUCAUCAUUUUCGAACCCCAGGCGGGGUUGAAGGACACCUGUCGCUUGACGGAUGUCGGUGGCACCACGCGGGACGGUCCCUGCGUCUACCAGUUGGCUCUCAACGUUCGGGUUGGGGAAAUUAACAUGGUGAACCCACGCGAAGUCGUUGGCAUCUACACCCAGUGCGCUGGGAAGUCUGGCUAUGCCACGGUCUGUGGUCCACGCUACAGCGUCCUGGAGUAUGGUCCUGCCUACGCUGUGGAUUCCACCCUGGUACCAGAGGUGAACCUCACUGAAUUUGAGAGGAUCGAACUGCUGCCUUUAGAUGUGGCGCGAUCUCUGACUCCCCAGGGCCUUCGGAGUGACAAGGCGUUGGAGCUCGUCCCCAACACGGUCAAUGAAGGGGCGUUACCUGGAGAGGCGGCGAGCGGUCGAGCGGAGUUCAUCCAGUUUGGUCUCCGAGCCUGGCCCAAGGAUCCGCCGCCUGGCCUGGGGUUUAGUCAUCCCCUUCUGAAUGGCCCAACUCUUCAGAUUCAGGUAUUGGCCCGUAGAGCGGUCUGGUUUCUCGAUGGCGAAGCAGAUCUGCAGGGUGAAGCAAACCAACUUGGGGGCAGUCAACUUAGCAUCUACUUCCAGCCGUUCACCCUUUGGAGCUUGUCAGACAACAACUACUGCCUUGCGAUUUGCGUGGCUCCCAAUGGACUUUCCUGCAAUGACGGACGGGGAGGUGAGUUUGCGGACUGUGCUGUCAAUCCCUUCGUCCGAACGCCCUUUGGCAACGUGAUGCCCAUGCAAAGGAACACCUUACAGUUGACCUAUCCGGCACGCAUGGACGAGAUCCCAGUGGAACGUUUUGGUGAAGCCCAUCUGUUGGAGGUGUCAGAGCUGAAGCUGCCGCAGGAGGGCUUCUUCACCCUCAGGAUGAUGGCACAAUACCUGGACAGCCAGGGGCAGAAUCCCACGGUGACAUCGGUGUCUCCUCCCAUGCGGCGCAUUCCGUUGCCUGGGACCACCACGGGACGCAUCGUGAUGGAUGGACAGACGGGCAACGGGCCCAGGCCCUUCAUCUUUGAGCGCGAGAAUGUGCUGAUCAUUCGCAUCCGCAUUGGCGUAACCUUGCGGAGUCCCGAGAUUGAGACAGAGGUGCAGGACAAUGAGACAGAGGGCGCAGAGGCUAUGAAGUUCCUGGGACCGACGUUGCUUCGUCCCAUGGUGCAGAUCUUUCUGCCGCCCGACUACUCCUGCAGCGUCCUGGGCAACGGCACGGCAGAUCCCGGUAAUGAGUCGGACCUCUUCGUCAGAGACUUGAAUGGUGAUGGAUAUGUGGAUAAUCCUAUGGGCACUGUUCUUUCAGGACUUUGGUCUCAUGAUGGGCCCAUUUGCACAUACACCUUGCAGACCUCAGCCAGCGUCUUUGCCCAGCAGAUCUUCUACGUCCGGCUUUCGGUGAACAAUCCACGUCAGGCGUUGCUGCGUACGGAUCCAAGCAACGUUUGGCGCAUCCGAGUGGCAGGUGUGAACAGCACGGAGCUUGGAGAGUUGGUGAACUUCAUCUCCUUGGAAGAGGAGCCCAAUUUGCCGGGAUGGGCUGGAAAUCUGGCUGUGUUGACGCCAUUGGAGGGCGAAUCGCUGCAACCGUCCAACCUCUCCGCGGGAGCCACGAAUUAUCUCAACGUCUUCUUCCAGGUCAUCCACGCGAUGCCGGAGUUCUCCUACAUCUUGCUGGAUUCCCCGGAUGGUUUCGACUUCACGGACAACUGCAGCGUUGGGGCGUUGGAGGACUUCUACUACCACGACUGGGAAGGACUUCCAUGGGGUGAGACGGUGAGCGGCCCGAGGGCACUGACCAGCUCGCUGGGGAACGAUGUGAAUUGCACCACUGACAACUGGAAACGGAGCGUUUUGUCACCUCCGCCAACUCAAGACUUCACCCGAGCGAAGGUAAGGGUUGGCCGCGCCAUGCUGGCCAAUAAGUACUAUGCCUUUCGAAUCCGCAUCCGAAAUGCCUUAACAUGGGACGCUGCUCACCACGAUGAUUGGCGACUUUGGGUCCAAAGCCCUGAAGGAUAUACCGUUGAUGGCUCGAAGUACACCAUCCAAUUCAACGCUCGGCGCAUCGAUACCUUGCCGGUGAACUACUGGGACAGAAGUUGGGGAAUCUACCAGGAUUGGCUGCGAUUGCCAUUGACCUUGAACUUUGGAGAGGCAUCCCUACUGCCAAGUUCCGUCUUCGACAUGAGCACGGUCCUGACGAUUUUCCCGCUCACGCCCAGCGCCGACGGGUCUUUGAUCAACAUGAGAGUUUUGGCGCCCGUGGGAUAUGUUUGGGUUCCACAUGAAGCUGGUGGAUGGCUGGGGGAGGUCCCGGGCCAAAGCUGCGAGUUUUGCCAACUGAUCGUCGUCCCGGAGGUGCAGCAGCAAAAUGAGUUGAUCCUACCGAACUUGGUGAUGCGCAUGGGCGAACGCUAUGGCUUCCAGGUGCGCGUGCGAAUUCCUGAGCGGCCACCCACGCGCUCCACCAACAGCUUCUACUUGGAGAUGGGAUUUGAUCCAGGAAUCUUCAACUUGGAUCGUAUGCAGGCCGUAGGUCUUCCGGCACCACCUCUACGUGUGAUCUCUCAAGCCAAGAUCGAUUCAUUGUGCAACCUCGCUGGCUUCACAGAGAACGUCAUGGAGUUCCACGUGCACAUCGCAUCAGCACUGGAGGUGAAUGCUGGCUUCUUCUUCGGGGGCUCGGAACUAACACGUGGCACCCUGCUGCGCUGCUGGCCAGAGACCCUCACGGAGGCCAAGCUCAACUCUGACAACGGCUACUGCGAGGUUGGAGAAAAUGUGGUGACGGGCUUGCCUGAACUGAAGAUGUAUGUGCUUCGCGGAACAUUUCCAUCAGGUCUUCACAUCUUCCGCUUCCGUCGCGUUCGGAAUCCGCUGCAGCCCACUGAUGCCAUGGGACAUUUCAGUUUUGGAACCUACACAGACCUGCAUCAAUAUCCCAAGCACAAAGUCUUGGACAAAAGCAAGGAGAUACCUGUGCCGCGUGUUCUUCAGCUGCUGCCUCUCACGGGUUUGGUGCAAGCUCCGGACUACGAACGUCCCAGCUAUGGGCGAAACGAUGCGCCAUUGCGGCUGAAUUUGAUGACUUUCUACUUCCAGGUGGGACCACACCCUGAACAGCCAGACAGUGUCCCCUACCUCUACAUCUCCAUCCGCGGUCCUGCGGGAUUCUACUUUGAGGAGGAUUGCAUGGAGAAUAUGCAGGUCUUGAACUCGAGUCUGGAGACUUCGCAGUUUCCUUGCAGCACUUCCAAUCCUCAGGCAUGGUGCCCUGGCGUCAUCACAUCUUGGCCACAGAAUUUGGAACCUGAGGAGUGCUUGGGCAUCGGCCAUUCGGCACGGGUCUCGGUGCCCAACCCUCUGGCGCGCAUCUGGCCGAAUGGUGUGAUGCCUAAUUUCCUGGACAACAACAUGUAUGCCUUCAAGAUCCAAGUCCGGAACCCAGAGCUGCAGAUUGAAGACGGGAGUCAAUGGGCGUUGGAUUUCGUGGACUUCGGAGGGCGACCCUUCAAGUCUCUGUUGGUCAGGACCUUUGGUGCAGAGGAGACGCAAUUGCUCCUGGCCUCGCCGUUGAUCAUACAGCCCUUUCUGCAAACGACGGAUCAGCAGUACAUGACCUUCCGUUUAGACUUCAUGCCCUACACCACCAUCCCUUCGCCCCGUAUGGGCUCCACGACCGACACGGUGAAGCGGCGCCUGCAACAAGCUUUGGCGCCACUGGCGCCGGAUGCGGAGGAGGGAAGCUUGGUGCUCAUUACCCCUGCCGGCUUUGGCUUCCGUGUGGGUGAUUUUGAAGGAUGCCUAGAAAGCACAUUGGAACGGAAGGACCGGCUGUUGUGGGACGAUGAAUUCUUCCCAUCCACUGAAGCGACCUGCACGGUCACGGGGACGAACUUCAAUGUCCUGACGUAUACGCUGAUCAAUCAGAAGGCAUUGCUUCAGAGGGUCACCUACUCCAUUUUCUCCAGCGUGAAAAAUCCGGACGUGCCCUCCUGGCCUUCUUCUGAUGAAUGGUUGCUGGAGUCCUUCAAAAAAUUCAUUGCCACAGAACAAACCAUCAGAUUGGAUAGCUAUUUGGUGCCGGGGAUUCCGAUGAUUACUCCAUCCAAAUACUUUGAUGUGACCAACAUCGCCCUAGAGUACACUGCUGGCGUACUGGUGCCCGAGAUGAAUGUGAGCUUCCGCCUCCGGGCGCCACUGCGAAAUGGAGAUCAGAUUCGAUUGGUGGCACCACCAGGCUUCAGCUUGGGAACCAAUGGAGAGUGCCAGAACUUCGAUUGGUCCGGCACCUAUCGGCCCUUGGUGUAUUCCCCGCCACCCCUGUGCAACUGCAGUAACACCAGUUCCACGGCUCAACUCUGCACGUUGGUGCUGAUGGUCUCUGAAAGCAAUGUCUGGAGAGCGGAGGUGGUAGCAUCGGAAAUUCCCAUGUCCUUCAAGAUGAGUGUCAUCAAUCCGCUGUUACUGCCAGCUGUGGUAGAGAACUUUUGGCGCAUGGAAUUCUGGGCGAACCAAGUCCUGUACAGCGGCAGCGUGGUGUCAAGCUGGCCAGUCUAUGGCCUCUUUCAGAAUCUGAGCAUUGCUCUGGUGGGCACCGAGCAACGGGCUGGAGCUAUGAGCGAUUUGCUCUUUGACUUCACUCCGAGUGUGUUUGGCACCACUUUGGACAUUCGGAUUCACGAACCCCUGGGCUUUGACUUCCAGGUGGCUCGUGUGAAUGCUCCCUGGGUGCGGAGCGACCUGACCUCCGGGAAUCGUUUGCUUUUGAUCGGCGGUCGACUCAUCCCGGGCGAAGCCAUACAGGUGACGUUAUCCUUAGUUCGUUUGGGUGAAGGUGGCGGCCCCACGAGGAUCAGUCUGAGUGCCUAUGCGGAUGCCUCCAUGAGCCAAGAAACGGCCAGGAGAAUCAACUUUCUUCAGGGAUUCCGUUUGCCGGGCGCUGCAAUGGCAAACAACCUGCAGCUGUGGAGCGAACGCGUGGUGGAACAUUGGAUGGGCGUACAACUCGACUCCGUGAGCCCGUUGCUGCCAUGCCAUACCAACACGUUGGCAAGAUUCGAGAUCUUUGUGAAGGUCACAAGGUUCAUUCUGGAAGGCGAUGCCAUCAUCUUCACGAACAGUGUGCCGUUUGGCAUGGCCCCGUGGGAGCCCUCCACGGAAGCGGGCUACGAGCCGGAGAUGGUGAUGUGCUUGGGAAAUCACGGAGGAGUGGCGGAGAAUGGGACAAGGCUCUGCAGUGGAGAUUUGCAACCCGUGAACGUCACCAGCCUGUCGGUGAUUCGAAACAGCGUGGGCAUUGGCAUCGGUGUGCAGUUGGUGCUGGGUUCCAUGAGACCGGAGUUCGUGCUGUCGCAGGAGAGCUUGCUUCAAGUCUCAGGAGCUCUACAGCUCGAAGGCGACUUGGGCUCGCGGGAUUUGGCGAUGGAAGCAAACCGAGACUACCGAUUGCGACUUUGGCUUCGUGCCUCUCCGGCUCCAACGCUGUGGACGAUUCGCACCGAGGAUGUCCGUGGUUUCCUGUCCAACACCAACGAUGGGCUCUUGCCGGGCGUGCUGGCAGUGCCCGAGAUGAGCAUCACCGUGACAGCGUUGCUCACACGAAGCCCACCAGAGUCGGCGGUCUGGGUGCGGAUUCACAUCCUGACAGGGCAGGAACAGUCGCAGUUCAGCCGCCUUCAGCUGCUGAUGCCCUUCGGCUUCUCUCCAGUGGGUGCAGAAGCUCAAGCUGGAAAACGUCUGAUCGUUGAGCUCUCCCUGGAACAAGGACAAGGCAUCCUGGAUUCUGUCACUGGCAUGACCUUUGAUUUGCGGAUCCAAACCCCUGCAGCGAACGUGAUGGAUGCUCGAUGGUUCGUACUGGCCAAGCAGGUAAUCCAAGACGAUGUCACUGGGCAGAUCGAGGAACCGGUGAACGGCUGGGCCAUGGUGGAUGGCUUUGGUGUGUCGCCCUGCCCGGUGACGCUGAUGUAUGGAUCUAUUGCCGAGGCCACAGGUUGGCUUGCGAUGUCCUUCUACGUACCCAGAUCUGUCCAAGGACGCUUCGUGUUGAUCACAGCACCGCAAGACUUUGAAGUCAAGUGCCCGCAGGCGGAGGAAACUGGGUUGGUCUUGGAAUGCCAGGAUUUUCGCCCCAGCGCUGAGACCCCACUGAUGUUGCAGUCGCUCCAGCGAACGGUGAACGUCACCUUGCAGGGAGGAACAGAGGAGGGGGACAACAUGCUUUACAUGUUUUUACUGAAUGUCCUCACUCCUGCCCAAGAACCACUCUAUGAUCCAUGGCAGCUACGAGUGCUGGACACGGCUUUCUACGUGGUCGAUGCAGCCUUGAACAUUCCACAGCCAGGUUUCGUCCCUGACUUGGAAAUGGGAAAUCCAUCGCUGAGUUGGUUGGAACCACCACAGAUGGGGGAGGUCUCCAACGUCCAGAUCGAGGUGUCGUUCCUUCGCCGUGUGAAAGAUGUGAAGGCCGUCUUGGUAUCGCUACCAGAGAAGUACCGUCACGAUAUCCAGCACAAGAACCAGCUGCGAAAUGUGAACAAGCUGUUCCCGCUGACCAUCGAUGAGGAGUGGCGAAUCUUUGAUAAUUUGAGGCACAUCAAGGUUCUAGUGGAGGUGACCGAAAGCAAUCAGGCUCAGAUCAUCACCUCAGGUACCUACCAAUGGCAAUUCCCUGUGAUGGUCCCGCUGAUCGAACCUUUCGCCUCUGAAUGGUAUGUAAGCCUAUGCUCGGAUCCUGCUUGUAACAUGGUGGGCCAGGGUGGCAUCUUGGCCUCCUUCCCGGUCUUGAAUAACGAGCCACAGCUGCCGGCCAAGACCUUUCAGGUGGUGGCGCAAACCGGUGAUGCGAAUCAGUUAACACCAAAGCUGGCAUUGUUGGCGCUUGCACUGGCGAGUUGGAGCGCGUGA